CCUAAAGCUGGGAGAAAACAGGGUUGAAUAGCGACCUGUAUCCUGGAUAAACCCUUCUUGGUCGGGGUGUUCCAAAGCUGUGUUGCUGGAAAGGGCUGGCUUCAAGCAGUUCACCAGAGAGUCAGAGCUGGCAUUGGACAGUCCAGCCAGAGCUAAGAGGGAUAAUUUGAGAAUGUGCAUCUUGAGCCUGAUUUGAGAUGUACCUGGACUCUACUUGUAAAUUAAACAUAAUUAUAUAUAAAUAUACGGUAAGGCACCAAUUGACCGGAGGAUUCGGAGGAUUAUUUCGGGCUGUAUUCAGCUAAAAUAAUGAACCAAGGACAGGGAGAAUCGUUUAACAAAGGCAAAGAAAGCAAAAUGACUACCAAUGAAUACCAACUGUCGGAUCUGGAUAAAACAAUGCCAGACCAUAUGUUCACACUGUUUCUUAUCUAUCCAAAACCAUCCGAUUUCAACCUUGAAAAUACCAUUCUCUCAUUGAAAAAAUCUCUGGCGAAUGCAGAGGACGAGAUUCCUUUGAUUGCUUCUCAACUUAAAUUCAAUAACACCACACCUUCGUUAAUUCCAUCCAAGUCAAUCGAUCUACAAGUCCGCAAUCUCUUAGACGAACAUAAAUCUUAUUCUGAUCUCGCCGCUCAUUCUUUUCCUCCAACAGACUUGGAUCGUGAAAUUCUCCUUCCUGCUGGAGACUCAUCGCCUGCCUGUCGACUACAGUUGAAUAUCAUCCAAGGAGGUCUGAUUCUUGCAUUCGGUGCCAACCAUAUGGUCUUUGACUUGUCAUCUGCUCAUGCGGUAUUAAGUCUUUUGUGCCGGGGAAGCAAAAUAUACAGCUCCAACUGCUCUGGAGAAAUGCCCACUUACCAAGCGGACAUUAGACGAGAUGCCUUCAAAGCUUCAUCACAGUCUACUUCAUUGUCCAAGCAGGAUUUGAUACAGAGACUCCCUGCCCAUCGUAUCAUCAACUCUCCUCCUCUGACCUCAACACCCACCACCCGAGGGGUUUUGUAUGAAAUUAGAGAACCGGCUAUACAGACUCUGAAGGAUAGAUGCAAACCACUCGGAGUCAAGUAUCUCAGCACCUACGACUGCAUUACUGCCUGGUUAUGGACGAGCAUUACCAGAGUUCGUUCGUCUGAGCGACAGAAAAUAGACAGUCAAUCCAGUUUCUUUCAUCCAGUCAAUCUCCGAAAUCGCUUCCCUGCCGCUGUUCCCAGUAAUUACAUUGGAAAUGCCGUCGGGGUAGCUCGAGCUGGUCCACUCGAUAUAUCCUGUCUCCUGGGAGAAAACGGACUGUCCAUUGCAGCAUCACAAAUACGAGAGUCAAUCCAGAAUGUCAAUAUGGAUAUUUUUUCCAAUCUGGCUGCGUUGUAUCAGGCCCUCGCUCCAACUGAACAGCUGGUGUUUGAUAUGGAUACACAAACCGGUAUGGAUUUGAUGAUGACCAGUUGGUAUGGAAUCGACAAUGCCGAUUAUGACUUUGGAUGGGGAACUCCCCAGGCUGUCCGGACGUACAACAUUGCCAUUUCGGGCAGAAAUGUCAUCUUCCCCAAUUGUGAUUCAUCGUCCCGGCGGUAUGAAUUGUUUGUAGUGUUACCUGUGGCAGAACAAGAUGGAUUGCAGCAGGAUAAAGAUUUUUUGACAUUUUUCUCCAUAUGUAAAUAACUCUCACUAUCUGUCAUGUUAAUUGUACACAAUCAAUGCAGGUCCAAAGAGGGUAGCAUUAGCAACAUCAAUAGGAAAGCUGAAAUUCCCAAUUCCCUUGACCACAGAAACAAGAGUCAAUCCAUCCAUUUCCCAUGUAUCGUGAGGGAAAUCCGCCGUGACCUUGACUUUAUUAUCAUGGUUGCUGCUUAUAUUAAAGGGAACUGUCAACGGAGCGAUAUUACCAUUAAGGUAGACCAGGGAAUGGUUGCUCUCAACAUCAACAUUUGCCUUGUUGGUGAAUUCAAAUUCGA